UGAAUUCAAUGAUGUACCUACAAUACAAUCAAGAGCAACCUUUGUGACAAUGUCUGCAUCUGUUGACUAAAAUUUGAAACUUAUUUAAGCUUUUAAAAACAAGGUCAAGUGUUUUCGUCAACACUAUUAAGAUUAAAAUAGUUUUAAUUUUAGGAUUGUGAUUAAGUGUUUGUGCACUUAUUACAUAUUUAUGGUUUUGCUUAUGUGAUAGUGUCCGCGAAAAUGAUUAGUACUUUGUUUUUCGCAAUCACAACGUUACAUGAACAUGGAUGACCUAAAAUGUGAAUACGUAAAUCAAAAAGGAUGCUUUAGAUUGUAUCCAGAAGUGCGUUCUAGGGAAAGUAAUGGCUAAAUCGUCUAGCAUCGACUAUCAAACUUGGUACUUAUUUAGGAUUAUUGUGUACAUCUUGGUCAAAAGUGAAAAUGUGAUGUGUCAAACUGAUUGUUUACUUCGCGAUAGAUGGGUGACGGUGCGCGGCCUGUAAGAAGUGAUUCGUAAGGGAUUGGGAGACGGAACGGAAUGUCGAACUGUUCUAGUCCCCUAAACGGCAGCUACGAUGCAGCCGAACCCUCGAUGAGACUUUCAGUCCGAAAAGACCUAUUUCCUGAUGAUUGUUUACAAAACUCCGCCACCGAUUCCGACGAGGACGUCGAAGAUGACCAGGUCGAGGGUGCCUCUUUUGUGAAGUUAGAGACGGACUUCGAACAGAGUAUAGACGAAAUAGCACAUCAAAAAUUACAAACAAUGAACGGGACAAUAAAAUCUCCACCAUCUCACCGAAAACGGCACAAGAGUUCUAGACAUGACUCUAGCCAAUCAACAUUGAAUGGGUAUCUUCCUACUGAGCGGAAGAGGAAAAAAAAAUCACAUAAAUCCCACAGCCGACCUCAUAAAAAUAACAGUAUAGUUUCAAAAGUUAAAGGUGGGAAAAACUUGAACUUAGUGAGCAGUAGUGAGUGUCAGGAAGAUGAAGAGGAGUUGGAUGAAAGUGAAAGUUCUGAAGAUGAAGUGCUUAAGAGUAGUGUUAAGUUACGAGUUUUACCGAGACAGAGUGGCAAGCCCUACAGCCAUGAACUUAGUCAAUUAUCAUCUAAAAAAAGUAAAUCUAGGAACUCUGCUAAGGAGCAUAGGAGACAUGUUGUGAUACCUUGUAGUGGAAAGCCCCGUUCAAUGCUGAACCUGUGUAGUUCUCGUAGCAAGAAAAAGUCUAAAAAGUCUGAGUGUACUGCCACAUAUCAAAGUCAGAUAGUGGACACGAGUACAAAAUUAAAGAUAAAGAUUAGAAAAACAGGCACUCGCUGUGAGACCCUGGCUGUGGUAGCUCCUACACCAUCUGUAGUUGAUUUGCCGCCGAAAAAGUCUAAAAAGAAAAGAGCUGCUUCUCCUGUACCAAGUGAGAGUUCUGGUGAAGAAUACGACCCUUCACGAGGAGAGACUUCAGCUGUCAUGAGUGUUGCAGCUCCCAAGCCGCGACAUUCCCGGCAAGCAAAAAAUCGCAAGCCUAAUAGUAAUACGAAGUGUAAAGAAAAAGCUCAAAAGACUGAAAGAAGUAGAGGUAGUGAAAGAGAAGUCGUAGGUCCUCAAAGCCCUUGGGCGUCGAUGCCUGAAGAAAUUCUCUUAAAAAUUUUUCAAAAUGUAGUUGCUGACCAGGGAGCGUUACCCGCUGUUGUAAGAUUAAGUAAAGUUUGUAAAUUAUGGCACAGCGUAAGUUGCAAACCAGAGCUAUGGAAACACGUCGAUUUAGCACAACAUACUUUAGAAAAAUUUAAAACAGAUUAUAAACUUGUCUGGCUUCUUGAGAAUCGGUUAUCAAGAUGCCAAAGCUUAAAUCUUGCUCACUGGGAUGUAAAUAAUAUUAACUGGGUGCUGACCUGUCUCAUGGACUACUGCCAGGACAUAGAAGAGUUGAAUGUGGCCGGAUGGAGCAGAAUUACUCCGGAACAGUUGUAUGAUCUGAUGAAAGGACUGCCCAAGCUGCAAAGGAUCGAUCUCUCAUCUCUGUCUGAAACGGGUGGAUCAUGUACUUGCCUGUCAGCGGCUUCAGUAAUUCGACUCAUGGAGAAUUUCGGACACCGGAUAACUCACCUCAUACUGGCAAACAAUAAGUUCUCAGCGCUGCCGCAAAUACUGUCAUCAGUGGCGAGUCACUGUCCCAACAUUGAGGUGCUGGAUAUAUCGGGUGCGCAGGCCACCUCACAUCCCGCUAAUGUGCCGCUCGAAGCCCUUCAGAAAGGUUGUCCCAAGAUGAGAGUGUUUAGAGCGGCCAAUGCGCAGUUAGUACUAGCUCCGGCAACAACUUCACAACAGAUGGAGGCGGGUGGAUGGCGUGCCCUGGAGGAGCUGUCGAUCGCGGGCGCAGCUGCAGCUGAGCGCACGGUGGUGGGCGAGUACCGCUUCGGGGAGGAGGCGCUGGGCCGCCUGGUGCGCGGCGCCGUGUCGCUGCGCCUGCUGGACCUGCGCGGGCUGCACCGCCUCACGGACUCGGGCCUGGUGCGCGUGCCCGCCUGGGACCUGCAGCAUCUCUUCCUGGGAGGAUGUAACAUAACACGGAACAGCAACGCGUGCCUGGAGCUGAUAUGUGAGAAGUGGUCCCACAGCCUCAUCGAGCUGGACCUGUCGUGGGCUUCCCACAGCAAUGUGUUGGACCCUGCCGUGUCUGCCUUAGCCGAUGCUACCGAAAGUAAACUCAGAAUUCUCAAUCUCUUUGGUUCAUCUGUGUCGCUGGAGCCUGUUAAGAAAGUGUUGUUAAAGUGUCACCAAUUAGAAUCUAUAAACCUUAGCUUAUGUCGAGCCUUACCGAGAGGUAUGAAGCGUCUGUACACCGGCAAAGAGCUUGAGAAUCUCAAAGUCAGCCUUGACCCAAACAGAGCUAAAAGUGACGACGAUAGCGAUGACGAUAGUGAUAAAAAGACUAAGAAAGGAAACUCCGGAACAGUGAAAUCCGAAAAUGUGAAACAAUCGCCUCAGGAUAAACCAGAAAGUUCUACUUCGAACUUAGACAUUAAAUCUCCAGAUAAGUCUUCCCCUAGUGUGUUUCAAGAGCCGCGUAGUGUUUCUGAGGUAUCAGUUGAUAAACAUUCAUCUCUUGAAACACAAAUCAAAUCGCCUGUCACUAAGGUAGCGGAAUCAAAGGACUCUAACGAUAUUAUUACAUCCGCGAACGAAGCGAAACGUGCUUCGAGAUCAACAAGCCCGAAACUAGCGAGCCCCCUUGCACAGUCCAAACCAGACUCUUCAUCAACACCUAGAUCAGAACCGGCUAAAGCAGAUCUGGGAAGUCCACAUUUUAGUCCCGUCCAAAAGCCUGAUAGUCAAGUACCUAACAGUCCCGAUGUUCAGUCGGAACAAGUGAAAAGCAAUAGUUCAUGGAAUUUAUUUAAGAGAACACCCACAUACAAGUCUGAAGCGAGUCCCAUCAAUAGGUUAGAAAGUCACAGUAAAAUAAAACAUGCUAAAGUAAUUGAACAAUGUAGUCCCACCACGUCACUAGAAAAUAAGCCGAGCCCGGAAACCUUAGGACUGAAACCUGACAUUAAGAAUCCCAAUAGCUGGAACUACGGCAACUAUAGCCCGAUGCCAAGACAAGAUAAUCAGUUUUCGUCCCAGCGAAGUCCUUAUUCCGCUCAACCUAGUCCAGCACAGCCCAGUCCGUAUUCUCAGACUCAACCCAGCCCCUACUCCACCCAGCCGAGCCCCUACUCUUCUCAGCCUAGUCCAUAUUCAGCUCAACCCAGUCCGGACACAAGUCAAAUCAUCAAACCUGAUUUACCGAAAUCAGGGGCCUGGAAUACAGGCAACUACAGUCCACUUCCCAAACACCACGCCCCCUUUUCGCCCCAUCCUUCUACCCACACCAGCCCCGAUCCCGGCUUGGCUGUGAAAGGGGAUAAUCUGAGAAGUAGCUCAACUAAGACGCCGGGUCAAUACAGCCCGAUGUCGAGACACCAUCAGAGUCCGUACUCACCUCGACCGAGUGUGGACAACAGCUACAGUAACAAGAAGAGUCCGGGAGUGGGCAAGCGCAGUCCGCUCGUGCGACCCGACUGUCACCUGCCGAGCCCGGACGGCGGCCACGGGACGCGACACUCGGCCGGCCGGACUCAAGACAUGUACAACAGGUCUAUUUCAAAAGCGCCCGAAGUCAUUCAGAACGUCCCUCCGCCCGACCUUCCGACCUCCUGGGGCUUGGACAGAUACAACCAACUGAACACACCCACUACCGGCAUCGAAUCACUCGUGUGGGGAAGCGAGCAUUUUGGCGCCGACCCCAUGACGCCGCACAUCGACAACAUUCCCUCGAUGUUGAACACGGCGCCGCCGACGCGAUCGCAGCCGUGGAACGACGUGUCGCACUUCGACACGGGCGGUCGCCGCCCCAAUGACGUCAGCGACCCGUGGACGCUGGGCCAGUUCCGGAUCGAGCCGCCCCACCAGAUGCACAACACGUUCGUGGAGCAGAACAUUAGUUUCGAAUCGUUGAGCUCGCACGUGUCGCACCAGCAGGUGUUGCCAAGUUUUUUAGACGACGGCUUCACUGAGACGUCGCGCGGCGACUGACGCACGGCGCGUACGCGGCCGGUGACUCGCUAGUUGUAACAUUGAACAAUUACUGUUAGAGAUUGUAAAUAAGAUUAUCUAAAUAAAAGUUAGCGUAAUAAAGCUAGAAAUGCAUUGAAAUUAUUUUGCUGCCGAUUCAUAGUUUAUGAUAAUAUUCGCGAAUUAAUUAUUUAUUGUAAUUUAGUAGAUGAGAUCAUGUCAAUAAGUUAAGAGUUGUUAUAUUAUAUUAUUAUAAUGUUUUAUUUCUGCUUUUAAAAAGUCGCAACGAAACGGAAUAUUAAAUUUAAAGUAAAAACUGUCAUAAUAAUUCACCAGAUCCCGGAUAAUUGUCUGAAGAAUUCGCAGUCUCCAUAGUACCCCUGCGCUAGAAACUAAUAAAUAUAUAAUAUAUAUAUUUUACUAAUAUUCACUGUAAUAUGUCAUGAUUUAGAUUGUCCAGUAACAAUACAACGUUGUUUGUGUAAUUCGCCAACAACUGCGACUUUUUAAAGGUGAAAAUUGAUUUUGUUGACUUCUCACAAUCAGAGUUAUUAAGUUUUUGACAACCCAUGCGUCGCAAGGAUUCAUUACAUGAAUACCGCUAGAACGGGGAAGCUAGAAACCAAGGGUGGAUUAAAACUAAACCAACUAAAAUCAGGAUGAUGGUUAGUAAGAAUGUAUUGAGUUAAAUAUAAGAUCCAAAUUAUGAUACUCUAUGGAUAAAAUUAUAAGAUACGAGAUGAUUUCGUUAAUAUUAUCUAUCCACCCUGUACCACCAUUGACACCCCGUUGUUCGGUACAUCUAACACGAAGCAAUAAUUAUUGAAAUAAUCCUUGCGAUCCGUCCGUUGUCUACAUUUAAGAAACAAACCAAACUGUUGAAACAAUAUUGUGCGUUAUUAGUGACGAUCAGCAAAGUAAGUUUACAUUCCUUAACAGAACAUAGAUAAAUAAAUUGUCUUUCACUUUGAAUUAUUACUUCGUUCUUGGCUUUUGAUAAUUGACACAAAAAGAUAUUGUUAAACUGGUGUUUUAUUGAUCCAAAACAUUUAGGUCGCGUUGAACAUGUUUGAUAUGUAAUUUAAAAACACAGUAUAUAUGUAUAUAUAUUAACACAAACACUCAGCAAUAAUUAUAUAAUUAAAGUAAGCCAAUAAUAUACUUUCUUCGCUUUUUUAUCACCAUGAAUGAUUAAAAUAAUUCUAAAUAUAAUGGGAUGAUUGUAUUUCCGUCUGGAGCUUUAAGGGGCGCGUGUUAUUGUUCCACAGAAGAUUUGACAAAGCCAUUAAAUUAAGCAUCAUCAUAUUUUAAUUUUUUUUGAAUAUCCCAAAAUAUCCAUAAAAUUAUUACACCCCAUUUAUUUUGCGCACAACGACACUCGUAGUAUGGUGAACAGAUAAUUGGCGCGGGCCGGGUUUGUGCGAGUCGUACAGGCCGCAUAUUUUCUGUCUUUUGCGCAAAAAGUAGAAGUAACAUUACUUUUUGUUAUUAUAUUUUUUUUUUGUAAAAUAACUACACCACAGACUGUUCUACUUCGAUUAUUUGUUGUAUACAUCAUGAAAAUAAAUCUUUCAAGCAUAUUAAAUGAAAUACUUUAAAAAAUUACCAAGAAUACAAUCACAAUAUCAUUGCAUGUACCAAACUUCUAACUCUUACGUAAAGACAAUGCAUUUAAUUUUUUUUUUAACAUUGUGAAGUUAAUAUUGGACACAAGUACUUUGACCCAAUACAGAUGUAUAUAUUGUUCGAACCAUAGUGUAUGUAUAAAUAAAAAUAUAAAAACGUUCAUCACAUCUUUAUUUUAUGAUGAUGUGCCACUAAUCGCUUUUACAAAUUGCAUGUUGAAUGAUUGAUAUGUUUUAAAUGCAUUAGUGAAAAAAAAUAUGAACUUUCAUCACAAUUAUUUUUUUAAGUAAUAGUGGCUCAUGCUGAUGUCCGAUCAAUUAUCAUUUGGGAUAUCCACUUUGAUCAAGUGUCACGGGCGUGUUUGAACUUUGUUGUUACAUGAUUUGUUCUAAUUAUAGUUGUGUGCAAUCGAUGAGGGGUUUUAUGAUAAGAAUAUGAAAUAAGAUCGUUGUGGACGCCAUCUUGACUUUUUGUCAUCGUUAGACAUCAUCCCACUUCUGCUGUCAAGUUGUCUAAUGUCACUUCGCUUUUGUUUCGUUUUCGUUUGUGAGAGACAUGUGUCAGUUCAUUUCUUGGAGAGACAACAGAGGUGCUAUUAAGAUCGUGACCUAGACCUUAAUUGUAAUUAAGUGACGCUAAAUGACCUAUCACCCUGUAAUUGAAUUGGUACUGUCAUUGAUAGUGAAUGUAAAUGUAAAACUUAAUUUAAGUUUUCUAGAAUUUUAUAUCUUUUUACAUAAUAUGUAUUUGAUAUUUUAUUAUAUUUCUAUUGAUUUGUCAGCCAAAUAAUCAUGUUUUAUACAUUAUAGUUAAGUGUAAAUGUAAGUGGGAGAACGUGAAAUCAAUUAUAUGAACGCAGAAAAGCCAAGUACAAAGUGCUUUGUAUAAUUUUUAUAGUAAGUACGUAAUUAUAUCAUUUUUAAAAACCCACAAUUUCACCAAAUAUUGUUUUCAAUAUGAACAUCUUUAAAGCCUUAAAAUGCCUAAUGUUUACAGAUGAAAAUAUUAUAUAGUUUUAUUAACUUAUUAUGAAAUGAAAAUAUUAUUAUCUGCUAUACAUAGAAUGUAUAAAAUAUUGAUAGAAUAAUGAUAGGUUAACUAAAUGAUCCUUAAUGAAUGUUGUACUAUAAUAGUUUGUAUAAAAGUUGACUAAUACAUAUAAGUUCUGUUAUGUAGAGACUUUUUGUUUGUAAUAUUGUUAAAACUACCGUGCGGACUUCUCACGACUCGAGUGGCCCAAUUUUUAUAAUCUAACCAAUAAAAUAUCGAUGUGGUUGUA